AUGGGGGCUUCGAUUCAUGCUUUCAUAUUACGAUCGGGUUUUGAUUCUAAUGUAUUUGUUUGUAAUGAGGUUGUUUCGAUGUAUGAUAAAUGUAAUGUGCUUGUUCACGCGCGUAAGGUGUUUGAAGAAUUGUGUCAUAGAGGAACUUGUGAUUUGGUGUCGUGGAAUUCGAUUGUGUCAGCUUAUUCACAUUGUUUUGUUUUGAAAGUUGCAGUUUCGCUUUUUCGUGAAAUGACAGUGAGUUAUGGGUUGAUAUCGGAUGUCGUUGGUGUUGUUAAUAUACUUCCUGUUUGUGGUUUUCUUGGUUUGGGGUUACUUGGGAAACAGGUUCAUGCGGGGAAGGCCAGAGUCGAACAGAUCGAAUUGUUUUCAAACUUUUUGGCAAGGAUCCUAAUGAUUUCCCUGUUGUUCUUCGAUCACAGAUCCUUAGUUGGUUAUCCCACAGAGAUAGAGAGCUAUAUAAGGCCAGGGUGUAUUAUUUUAACUAUAUGUCUCCGCCUAGAAAAUUCGGCAUGGGAUGAGUUAUGCUAUAAUCUCGGAUCUAGAUUGAGAAAGCUUCUAGCUGCAUCGAAUAAUUCACUUUGGAGGAUAGGGUUGAUAUAA